AUGAAGGGUCUCCAAGACGUGGAGAGCGCUCCCAUCCUGGAGAAGACCACGCAGGACGAUCUCCUUCAGCCAUGGUAUACCGUCCGCUCCGACUGGAAGAAGCUCAGGGUUGUCUGCGUCGCCCUCGUCGCCCUCUUCACCCUCAACGCCUCUACGCCGUCGGGAGCUCGGGCUGCGAGGCACUGGGCUCUCCAGGCGUUCAGACAGCACCAGAGUCUGACUCCGGAGCAGGUGGAGGAACUCUAUCUCUCCGUUCCUGACCCUGCUUCCGCAUUGGCCGCGUCGCGCGAGUAUGCCACACACCCCCACAUUGCCGGGGGCAUCGAGGACUUCGCCGAUGCCCAAGUCAUCCUUAAGCUCUUCCAGAAGGAGUUCGGCAUCCGCGACACUCCCGGAGACAUCCACAAGCUCCGCAAGCCAAUCGCGUGGAUCGACAAGUACUUUCCAGUCAUGAACACCCCGCUUGACCGCGCACUUUCAAUUUUGGGUGAGGGUGGGAAACCCGUGUGGGAGGCAGAUCUGGUAGAGGACGGCGACCCGCGCGACCCCGAGGCUGGAAAAUACCGCGACGCGGUACCGACGUUCCACGGUCUCAGCGCGGACGGCGACGUCAAAGGCGAGAUCGUCUACGUCAAUUACGGGCGUAAGGAGGAUUACGACGAGAUUGUCGCCAAGGGCGGAAGCCUUGAGGGCAAGAUCGCCCUGGCUCGCUAUGGCGGAAUCAAGGGCGCUCAAGAGCGUGGUGCGGUCGGUGUGCUCAUUUAUUCUGACCCUCGCGACGACGGCGUCGUGACCGAAGAGAACGGCUACGCCACCUACCCCGAAGGCCCCGCGCGCAACCCGACGUCCGUGCAACGCGGCAGCGUGCAGUUCAUUUCGAUGUACCCUGGCGACCCAACCACACCCGGUAUCCCCGCUUAUGAAAACGCGACGCGCACGGAGGGUGAGAACAUCCCCAAGAUCCCCAGUCUGCCCAUCUCGUGGGCGAACGCCGAGGUUCUGCUCAAGGAGAUCUCGGGGACCCAGGCCAAAGAUGCGUUCAAUAUGAUGGGCACGCCGAGUGAGAAGAAGGUCAGGCUGGUAAACCAUGUCCACACGAGGGUCAUCCCUAUUUGGAACACCAUGGCUGUUAUCCCCGGGCAUAUCAAGAACGAGACCGUUCUCGUCGGCUGCCACCGUGAUGCUUGGGUUAUGGGUGCUGCUGACCCCACGUCUGGGACAGUGUCGAUCCACGAGGUUGUCAAGGGCUUCGGUGAACUUCUCAGGAGUGGUUGGAAGCCGUUGCGUAACGUUGUAAUUGCCAGCUGGGACGCCGAGGAGUACGGACUGAUUGGCAGUACCGAAUGGGCCGAGGAUUUCCCUGAGUGGAUCCAACAAAACGUAGUGGCUUACAUUAACCUUGUACACCUCAUCAAGGGAGUCGCCCUUGACGUCCCUCACCCCAACGAUACCGAUAAGACUUUGUGGGAUGCUCGUCAAGACAGCGGACCGUUCCACAGUGGGAUGGAUGGUAUGGAUAUCAAGACUAUGGAUGCGUCCCUGGAGGGGCACUGGGACUAUGUGGAAUCCGAACUCAACAUUCCUCCUCUUGGCUCUGGCAGCGACUACACGCCGUUCCUUCAGCGUCUUGGCGUCGCAAGCAUGGACCAAGGCUUCAGCGGAACAUUGAACGAUGCUCCUUACCACUACCACUCGGUUUACGACUCUCAAAUGUGGAUGGAGAGGUACGGUGACCCCGGCUUCGUACGCCACGUUGCCGUCGCGAAACACCUCGGUCUCGUCGUUCUCCGGCUGACAGACUCGAUUAUCCUCCCCCUCAACACCACACACUACACCACUGAGCUCGAUGCCUAUCUCGACAAAGUCGAGUCGAUCGCUUCUUCCCUCGGCGCCGCCGCCGACUUCACCGACCUGCGCAAGUCGAUCGCGGACCUGCAGGCGGCCAGCGCCGCGCUCGACGUCGAAAAGGUCGCCGCCGAGCGUCACUUCCGCGAGCUCCUCGACAAGCUGCCCGGCCGCCCCGCCCACGCGCAGGGGCUCCCGGGCUGGGUCAAGCGCGUGCUCCGCAAGAUCCUCCGCCACGGCGUGCCCGCGCCGGUGCGCGAGUUCAUCAAGGCGGCGAAGCGCGUACAGGCGGCGAACGCGAAGCUCGUCGCGUUCGAGCGCGGGUUCAUCUCCGAGGAGGGCAUCAAGGAGCGCGAGUGGUACAAGCACCUCGGCGUCGCGCCUGGCAAGUGGCUUGGCUAUGGAGCGACGACGCUCCCGUCCGUCACCGAGGCGCUCACUUUCGAAGGGAACGCGACGCUGGCAGAGUUGGAAGCUGCUCGUGUCUCAGCGCUCCUCGACGAGCUCGCGAAGACGAUCAAGCCGUAG